CCUUUCGCACUCGCGUGUCUCGCAGUGCAGAUGUAGCGCACUUUGUGUCGGUGUUUACAUCCACACUCUGACGGUGAGAACCUGGUUUUACUGAACCGUACCCGCGUCGCAGGAUUAAAAAGAAGAAGCUGAAGCGAAGUGCCAUGGUGUUGCUCACAUAUGCUGCUGCUGCUGCUGCUGUUUACAGUGUGGGAAACACUAAGUAAAGUGAACCCUGGACUUCUCUGCUGGUCAUCAUGGGAUGUGGCACCUCCAUCGCCACGGAAACACAAGGGAAGAAAGUGGAGACAGAUGAAGCAGUGGUAAAGACUACUCCGGCUCUGACUAUGAAGGCAGCGGUGUUGAUCCAGCGAUGGUACCGGCGCUACAUGGCCCGUCUGGAGAUGAGACGCAGAUACACCUGGAACAUCUUUCAGUCCAUUGAAUACGCCGGUGAACAGGACCAGCUACAGCUCUCCAGUUUUUUCAGUUUCAUGCUGGACAACUUUACUCAGCUGAGUGGAAACGGUCCAGACUUGAUUUCCCAGCUGCUGGACCCAGUGGUGGACCCCUGGUUAGAGAGAGAGACCUGCUACAGCCUGAUUUCUGUCCCAGACUCGUACGCCGGGCCCAGGUUAUCGUUUCCUCUCUCUGUCUCGGACAUGACCGUUCUGCUCAGCGCGUUUAAAGAGCAGCAGGUACCGAAUACGUCAAAGUCCGCUCCUUCUCACACCUGUGCUUGUCUGAGGUUGGUUUUAUUUUCCUCCACACAGACUCUGCACGCCAGAUAUGUCCUGCAGCUGCUAUACGAGACCAAAAAACUGCUAAAACAGAUGCCCAACAUCAUCCACCUGUCGACGUCCUACAUCCACGAGAUCACCAUAUGCGGUGAUUUGCACGGGCGGCUGGAUGACUUACUUCUAAUAUUUUAUAAGAAUGGCCUUCCCUCCGCGGACACGCCGUAUGUUUUCAACGGGGACUUUGUGGACCGCGGGAAAAAGUCGAUCGAAGUGGUCAUCGUCCUGUUCGCCUAUCUUUUGCUGUACCCCGACUACGUGCACUUGAACCGCGGAAACCACGAAGACCACAUCAUGAACCUCAGAUACGGCUUCACCAAAGAAGUCAUGCAGAAGUACAAGGCUCAUGGACACGAGAUCCUCCGGCUGAUCCAGGACAUUUUCAGCCUCCUGCCACUCGCGACAGUUAUUGAUGGGAAGAUCCUAAUCGUGCACGGAGGGAUAUCAGACCAGACCGACUUGGACUUCCUCGGCUCCAUAGAGAGGCACAAGGUGAAAUCUGCCUUGAGGUUUCCCAGACGCAGUUUGGAGGAGCUAGACCUGGGUCAGUCCUAUAGAAAAGCAAAGAGAAUGAGACCGUCGGGCGGUUCUCGUCCCAGCAGCAGUCGUAACCAGAGCAAGAACCAAAAAACGCCCACUCUGAGGAAGAGACGACAUGAUGUCAGACGUCAAGACAGCAACGGCUCCUGUUCUUCCUCAUCGUCCUCGUCCUCAUCCACGUCUUCAAUCUGCUCUCCACGAACUCCGUCCAGCCUCUCACCUCACCCGUGCCUAUCUCCUCCCAGCACUCCUUACACUGUCAAUGUCCUCCAAGUGCCUUUUCUGGACUCUCUGUCCUCUGUCCCCCACCCAGAGCCUCCACAACAUGAACAGGAAUGGAAACAGAUUGUGGAUAUAUUAUGGAGUGACCCUAAAACCCAAGAAGGAUGCAGCCCCAACACGUUCAGAGGUGGAGGCUGCUACUUUGGCCCCGACACCACCCAGAGACUGCUGCUGCAGCACGGACUCCAGCUGCUCAUCAGGUCCCACGAGUGCAAACAGGAGGGAUAUGAGCUGUGUCACGGGGGACAGGUGAUCACUAUUUUCUCAGCGUCUAACUACUACGAGGAGGGAAGCAACCGUGGUGCCUACAUCAAACUGGGCAGAGAACUGGUUCCCCGCUUCUACCAGUACCAAGUCAGCCGCACGACACGCAAGCUCACCCUGAACCAGAGAGUACGAGCGGCUGAAGGUUCUGCUUUCAGGGCUUUGAAGGAGAAGCUGUUCUCUCACCGCUCUGAGCUGAUGGCAGGCUUCCAGCAGCACGACCAGAACAACACAGGCUGCGUGUCGCUCAGCGAGUGGGCUCAGGUGCUGGAGUCAGUGCUGAGACUGGACCUGCCCUGGAGGACACUCCGUCCACAAUUAACUCGCCUGACACCAGAUGGCAGUGUGGAGUAUCAGUCGUGCUUUGAAGACAUGGGACCAGGGAUUUCUCUGCCUCAGGUCACUCCAAACUUGGCUGAAACUCUGUUCAGAUACAGAACAGACAUCGAGAUCAUAUUCAACAUCAUAGACAAAGACCACUCAGGUCUGAUCUCCACCGAGGAGUUCCGUCAAACCUGGCGUCUGUUCAGUGCCCACCUGGGCGUCGACAUUGACGACAGAGCCAUCGACGACCUGGCGCGCAGCAUCGACUUCAACAAGGACGGCAGCAUAGACUUCACGGAGUUCCUGGAAGCCUUCAGAGUGGUGCACAAGCUGGACAGCAAGGAUACACACCUCAGUGGAAAGAUAGACAAAGAGAAGUGUUAAACAGUGACCUAUGAUCCUUGUGAUGCUGCUGUGUUGGUUUAGUUCACAUUAUUUCUUUUCUUAUUGUAGGUAUUUUACUUUACUUAUAACAGUUUAUGUUAUAAUUUACACAAACUCAGUGAAGAACAGCGUAGGGCUUUUAUUUUGACAUUUUAUUUUUUCUAUCC